CCGGGAGUUAGCGACGCGGACUGCGCCUGCGCAAGGUCGUCCGGACCGCGGAGACGGGUUCGCGGCGCCGCGGCGACGAGAGUAGGGGUGACGCGGGGGGCCCGGGCUCCGGACGAAGACUGACCAGAGGGGCAGCGAGGGUGACAGCCAGAGUCGGAGCCGGGGGCGUCCGCUGAGGAGACCGAGGCUCUAAAGGCCCUGGAGGGGAACACCAGAGAUGGACCUCGUGAGACUCUCGCGGCUCUUCUACGGCCCCUGCCCCAUGGGAUUGGCCAUCCUGCACCACCUUGACCCCCUCAGAGCCAGGUGGGCCGGAGGCAGGGAGGGGCCCAUGUGGCCGAGGGCCGCAGGGCUGAUUCGGCUAGCGCCAGCAGCCUUCAACAGCUCCCUCUCUCGGCUGUCCCUCGGCCCGCGGAGCCAGAAGAACACAGGCAGCCUGAGCUCUGACCCAGGCCAGCCCAGCCCCACGGCCACGCAGGAGGAAGGGGAGGAGGAGAGCUUUGGGACCCUUUCCGACAAAUACUCCUCCCGGAGAAUGUUCCACAAAUCGACGGCCCAGUUGUAUAACCUGCGGCUCAAGGAACAGAGUGGUGAAGAAGAUGAGGAAGGGGGGCUGCAGCCAGAAUCACGGCAGGGCCCAAGAAACACCCCUUGCUGGUACUUCUUUCAGUGCAAACGCCUGAUCAAGGAAGGAAAGCUGGCCGAGGCCCUGGACCUGUUUGAGAGACAGAUGCUGAAGGAAGAGCGACUCCAGCCCCUUGAGUGCAACUACACCGUGCUGAUCGGGGGCUGCGGGCGGGCUGGCUACCUGAGGAAGGCCUUCCAGCUCUACAAUGACAUGAAGAAGCGAGACCUGGAGCCCUCAGAUGCCACCUACACAGCCCUGUUCAACGUCUGCGCUGAGUCCCCCUGGAAGGACUCUGCUCUGCAGAGUGCCUUGAAGUUACGGCAGCAGCUUCAGGCCAGAAACUUCCAGCUCAACUUGAAAACGUACCACUCCCUGCUGAAGAUGGCCGCCAUGUGCGCAGACCUCAGGAUGUGCCUCGAUGUGUUUAAGGAAAUCAUCCAGAAAGGACAUGCGGUCACAGAGGAGACCUUCAGUUACCUGCUCAUGGGCUGCAUCCAGGACAAGAAAACGGGUUUCCGAUAUGCCCUGCAGGUGUGGAGGCAGAUGCUGAGCCUGGGGCUCCAGCCGAGCCGGCACGGCUACAACCUGCUGUUGGGGGCAGCUCGGGACUGCGGCCUGGGGGACCCGGAGGUGGCCUCGGCGGUGCUCCUGAGGCCCAGGGAGGAGAUGGUCCUGCUCCAGCCCCCAGCAGGUGGGCGGCAGGCAAGGAGGAGAGACGGGGUUGGGGCGGACGGUAGCCUGUCAGCCAGGCUGCACGUGGAGGCCCUGGAGAGGCAGCUGUUUCUAGAACCUUCUCAGGCACUUGAGGGGCCUCUGGAGCCUCAGGAGGCCAGAGCCCGCAGCAAGGCCCAGCCUGGGGUGGAAACCAAGGUGGAGCCUGACCACGCUGUGGCCCCUGCGGCCCCGGUGCCGCCUCCCUGGGGGCUGGAGACCAACCUCCUGACCCCCGGGGCGGUCUCCUCGGCUGUGGUCUCCUUUGGGACCGUGACUACUCCAGCCGACAGGCUGGCCUUGAUGGGGGGCCUUGAGGGCUUCCUGGGAAAGAUGGCGGAGCAUGGGCUUCGGCCCGACAUCAAAACCCUCACGCUGUUGGCGGAGGUGGUGGAGCCCGGCACUUCCGCAGAGUCCUCGCUACUCACCAUCUUGGACGCGCAGCAAGUGGAGGCCGACCUGACCUUCUUCAACACGCUGAUGAGGAGGAAGAGCAAGCUGGGCGACCUGGAGGGGGCGAAGGCACUGCUGCCAGUCCUGGCAAAGAGGGGAAUCGUCCCUAACCUGCAGACAUUCUGCAGCCUGGCCAUCGGGUGCCACAGGCCAGGGGAUGGCCUGCAGCUGCUUGCAGACAUGAGGAAAUCCCAGAUGACCCCCAGCGCCCACAUCUACAGCACUCUCAUCAACGCAGCUGUCAAGAAGCUGGACUACGCCUAUCUCAUCGACAUCUUGAAGGACAUGAGGCGGAACAGGGUCCCGGUGAAUGAAGUGGUCAUCCGCCAGCUGGAGUUCGCAGCCCAGUACCCACCCACCUUCGACCGGUACAAAGGGAGAAACACCUACUUGGAGAAGAUUGAUGGUUUCCGAGCUUAUUAUAAGCAGUGGCUGAAAGUGAUGCCAGCAGAGGAAACCCCCCACCCGUGGCAGAAGUUCCGGACCAAACCAAAGGGAGACCAGGACACCAUCACUGUGGCCGAUGUGGACAGAGGCCCUGGGGGCAGGUGAUGGGGAGACCCUGGGGGACCUCCAGCAGAGCUGGAACAAAGUGCAUGGCCUUCACACGGCUCUGCGGGAGCCCCAAGAGUCCCUUUCAUAUUCAAGACACGUGAAUGUGCCGUGUAGCUGCAAGCUUGAGGGAAAGGUCUGGGCCACAGUAAGAGCUGCAGCUUUUUGCAGGCGUUGGUCUGAGGUGCCCAAGAAGUUCAUGGCAAGUCCAAGAGCAGCUUGGGCCACCUUGGUAUGUCAUCUUAGGCCCUCCUCGUCUGAGAGGUUGCCACCCCCAUCACUAAUGAGGAAAGUAAGUGCUCAGGGUCACACAGCACCUGUGAGGUGGAGUUAGGAUCACGCCUUAAGGGAGACUGGUCUCCAGGGCUUGGUGCUGUCCCACUGGGUUCCACAGACUGCUGGCUCUGAAAGAAGGCAGGCAGGACCCAAAAGGUUUACUAGUUUUAUUUCUACAAAUCACAGCUGAUGAACACCAAAGCCUUCACAUGUAGAGACCAUGCUCCUACUCGGGCCUGGGGAACUGCUCUGAGGAAGAGCUGCUCCCAGGAAAGGGUGGCGUGACAGGCAGAAACCUGCGCAGUCCAGAGUCCAGGGCGGAGAGGGGUCGGGGCUGAUGGCCUCAGCCAGAGCAGCCCCGGCAGCCGCAGUGCGUGCACUCGAUGAUCCGGCCCUGCAAACAGAAGACAGCUGAGACCCCGUGCCCCUGCCACGGGCCACACGCCCACACGCAGGAAUCCUCCUGUGGGAAGGGUGGCCACGGGACAUCCACUCCCCAUAGGACACUCCUCAGAAACCCUCUGCGACAGUGCUGGAUGGGGAAAAUUCGGUUCCCUCGUGAACAUGGAAACAGCUGCUGUUGACACUGCAGUUACUUCUCUAUGUGGAUUUAAUUUAUGCAAAUUCAGUGUACACACUUGCUCCCAAAAAAGGAAAAAAAAAAAAUCUGUGUAAAUGAUUCUUGUUAUUCUGCGAAGCACGCAGGACACACCCUACAGUGAGCUGGGGGUGGGUCUGCUACCGCUCAGGGGGCUCAGCGCCAGAGGCCUCAGGGCCGCCUCUGGGCUGGGGAACUUUCCACUGUGGGCUCGGGAAGAAGAAGAGUGUGUACUUGAAUCUGUGUGGCAGCGGAACAGUCUUGUCCCCCAGGCCAGGUGUGGCCUAGUGUCUGGCCGGCAGGGGAGCCCGCCCAGCAGACAGAAGGCCCCAGGGCAAUGGUGUUUAUUUUCCUUUUUCUUCUUUUUUGGAGGAGCAAGACUCUGGUCUAAGGAAACAAGAUCUGAUGGUGAAACCCAACUAAAUCUGAAGCAGGCUCUGUUCUGGCCUCGGGUCUGGGGCAGGAGCCCCAGCUAGACAUCACCGUGGAACCCUGGGGCUCUUGGAGGAGCAGGGCUUCUGCUGCUCUGCCCCCCUUCCUGCCCCCGCCAGAGACCAGCAGCAGAGCUGCCCCUCAGGAGGCAGCCCGUGCUCGCUCUCCACUGCUCCACAUGCCCGUCCUUGAGCUUCCAGAUGGUUCAGGGGGACAGAGCUGCCUGCUGAGCCGAAGCCCUACAAGCUGUAACUAGUGCUGCAGUGUGAAGGGACCUUGUGACGAGGGACGGUGUGAAAGAAGACAUCUGGCCUGACAUCCCAGCGGGGCCCAUGGCGGUCAGCCGAGGGGCCACGCUCAAAGGGCGCUAACGGCCAACAGCCCAGCAACCCUUCUCUGCUUCCUGCGGCUCCACUUCAGAGGCGUAUGUGUGUGGAGCCGAGCUACUGCACACCCAGCCGUGUUCCCCAGCCGCCCAGGAAGUUCUGGCAGGAGACAUGGUGAUGCUAACAUUGAAGUGUCCCUGGGAGGAAAAGGAGGCCUGGAAAAAAGGGCGGCUGAAGGGCAAGCACUGGAGGGAAAGGGACAAGCUCCUGCCGACUGGCCGGUGGGUAUCAUCACCCCCAUUUGGUUAAGUGAGGAAAGGAACCCAAUAACUUGCCCAAAGGAGGAGGUGAGACUGGCCCCCAGAUGUAAGAUAAUUACUGCCAAACUCCCUGGCAUGGAUUCCUGACCAGAGGGUCUCACUGCUGGGGGGAUGGCCAACCACAAAACAGAACAACAUAAAACCCCUUGUGGUCAACUAGGGCAGAAUCCUGACAGUAAUAUCCCACCCAGUCGUCAGACAUGACAGGGGUGGAGACAUUACCACUUCCAACUUGCUUUUGGGGACCCGGCAAAUGCAGUUCGUCCCAAAAUUGGUGUCCCGUGUCUGAAUGCACCGCAGGCAGCAUAGGUUCUCAUAUCCCUGCUUUUUCCAUUUUGCGAUUAGGUUUUUAUCUGCAUAGCCUUCUUUAAUACAGUAUUCAUACAGUUCUGUCAAAAAGAUGGGGAAAGGGCAUCAGACCAUAGUAUAACAGAGCUCCCGGGCUUCCCUGGUAGCGCAGUGGUUGAGAAUCUGCCUGCUAAUGCAGGGGACAUGGGUUUGAGCCCUGGUCUGGGAGGAUCCCACAUGCUGCGGAGCAACUAGGCCCGUGAGCCACAACUACUGAGCCUGCGCAUCUGGAGCCUGUGCUCCGCAACAAGAGAGGCCGCGAUAGUGAGAGGCCCACGCACCACGAUGAGGAGUGGCCCCCGCUUGCCACAACUAGAGAUAGCCCUCACACAGAAACUAAGACCCAACACAGCAAAAAUAAAUUAAUAAACUCCUACCCCCAACAUCUUAAAAAAAAAA